AUGUCGCACAACGAUGCGUACGUUAAUGCCAUUGAGCGGGCAAAGCAGUUUUCCACACCAGAUGAUGGCCACUCCAACGGUAGUUAUGUUGGAGGUAAAAGACCCUCGGAUAGCAUGAAUCAGUAUCCAAAUGCUGAGAAACGACCCUAUACCGACAAGGCGGCCGCAGCUGCUCAUGAGGCCGCUGCAAGACUCAGCCAAAAGCUGGCUGGUGGUGGGGCCCAGCCUCCCCAACAGAAUUCUGCCCGUCAGAUUACCUCUGAGACAUCCAUUCCAGAUCGUUUCGUUGGUUUAGUAAUUGGUAAAAAGGGUGAGCAAAUCACGGCCCUUCAAAAUGAUUCUAACUGCAAGGUUCAGAUAUCUCAAGAGGGAGGCAGGCCUGAGAGAGUUGUCACCCUUACUGGCACACCGCAACAAGUGGCACAUGCGAAGCAAUUGCUUAAUGAGAUAAUUGAGAGAGCUGAGAAGUCCGGAAUGGGUGGUCCUUCUUCGCCCCCAUCUUAUCAGCAAAUGCCCAACCCAACUGUUUAUGCUCCCAGCGGGCCUGUAACGACAGUCGAAGUUAUGAUUCCUGGUUCCAAAGCUGGUUUGGUCAUUGGAAAAAACGGUGAAACGAUUAAGCAGCUACAGGAAGAGAACGGUGUUAAAAUGGUUCUCAUCCAGCAGAGCAGUGCGCCAACGGUUGAAGACAAGCCGCUUCGAAUAACCGGGGAUCCCGCCCGCAUAGAAAAAGUCAAAGCUCUAGUUUACGAAAUUAUUACGCGUGGUCGGAUGGGAAAUUUCUCCGAAAACGCUGAGGUGACGCGCUAUGCUGUUCCCGCUGAGAAGGCUGGCUUGGUAAUAGGCAAAGGUGGUGAAUCUAUAAAGGAAAUAUGCAGAGUCAGUGGGGCCCAUGUCGAAAUCUCAAAGGAGCCGCCACCGGAUCCGUCAAUUAAGAUUUUCAACAUCCGUGGCAACCGUAACGAAAUCGAGCAAGCCAUAAGAAUGAUCUCUGAGCGCGCCGGUAUUCCAAUCUCAAGGCCAACUUCAGGACCGACCACCAACGUCUGGGGACAGCUCGGUUAUAGUCAGCCAGGUCAGGCAGGGCACCUCACCGAGCAGAAAAUUCGCGCAGGCAAUCAACUCUUUAACCAGUGGACGAGACACUACCUCCAUAAACCUGUUGCAGAUUCAUGGACCUCAAACAUGCCUGCACCCACCCUCAACCCCUAUACAGGUCAACCCGACUACAGUGCUGCGUGGAUUGAAUAUUACCGCCGUCAGGGUAUGCAUGAAUACGCUGACAUGAUUCAGCGACAGGCCCAACAGCAACAUCAGCAGUACCAACAGAGCGCCGUUGGAUCCUCUCAGGCCGGCGGGGCACAGAGUGGAGUAGCUCCUGUGUCUCAUCCUAAUCAAUCUUGUCAGCAAACUGGAGGACAUCCAAAUGCUCAACAAGGGGGACAACAGCCAGUCGGUUACGGCGGUGACGCCGGCCAGCAGGGCGAUUACAAUCAAUGGCAACAGUGGCAGCAAUGGCAAGCUUGGCAGGCGUGGCAGCAACAUGGCGGUGGUCCCGGGGGCAUCCCUCCUCCACAACCUCCUCAAGGUGGUCCUGCACCCUCCGGUGGCCCCCAGCCACCUCACCACUGA